CGGAGGCGGGGCCGGGGCCAACCCGACGGAGGGAAACCCAUCUAGUUCGACCCUCGCUCUUUGGACCCCGCUAGGCCUCAGUCAUCUUCUAGUCCCCGAGAGCUGACUUUCUUGACUGGCCGAGUAGGAGAUGCAAGUCGGGAAGCCUGUCCUCUAUUCCUAUUUCCGAAGCUCCUGUACAUGGAGAGUUCGAAUCGCUCUGGCAUUAAAAGGCAUUGACUAUGAGACAGUGCCCGUCAAUCUCAUAAAGGAUGGGGGGCAACAGUUCUCGAAGGAAUUUCAGACCCUGAAUCCUAUGAAGCAAGUGCCAGCCCUGAAGAUUGAUGGAAUCACCAUUGGCCAGUCACUGGCCAUCAUAGAGUACCUGGAAGAGACUCGGCCCACCCCACGUCUCCUGCCUCAGGACCCGCAGAAGAAAGCCAUUGUGCGCAUGAUCUCCGACCUCAUCGCUAGCGGCAUCCAGCCCCUUCAGAACCUGUCCGUCCUGAAGCAAGUGGGAGAGGAGAAGCAGCUGCCUUGGGCCCAGGCAGCUAUUACUUCUGGCUUCAAUGCUCUGGAGCAGAUUCUGCGGAGCACAGCAGGAAAGUACUGUGUAGGAGAUGAAGUGUCCAUGGCUGAUUUGUGCUUAGUGCCCCAAGUGGCAAAUGCUGAAAGGUUCAAGGUGGACCUCAGCCACUACCCUACCAUCUGUCAAAUCAACAAGGCCCUGCUGGCCUUAGAGGCUUUCCAAGUGUCUCACCCCAGUCGACAGCCAGAUACACCUGCCGAGCUGCGGGCAUAGUUCCAGACCAUGCCUCCUGCACAGGGAAGGGAGUAGGGCUCAGAAGCUGGAUGGGCUGGACAGGCUCAGGAACAAGUGAGCUGAAGCAGAGGGCUUGAAUUUGACCUCUUCCCUGAGGAAGCAGCGGAAACCCUUGGAGUCCAUGACAUUUCUUUGAGGCUGCCAGUAUCAGAGUCUUCUCUAGGGAAAUUAAGUUAGUAGAAUGUAUCUCUCCUUCAACUCCAUCCUGCCUUAACCCUCUUCUCAUGUGUUAGAGUGGGCGUGGCAGACACGAGCAGCUGUAAUGGCUAAUGCUGUCAACCUGAGAAAAAGACCUAGUCACCUGAGGGAAGGGCCUUUAGGAAUGUCUGUGGGGAGUUAUAUUGGUGAUGCUGAGGUGGGAAGACUCGUCAAGGGCGGCAGAGGAUCCUGAGCCUUGAUGAGUAAGCGAAGAGUUGAGCACUAGCGUGUAUGCAUUCAUUGUCUUACGUUGUCUCUGCCUGACUAUGGGUGCAGCUGUGAUCAAGACUCCCACUAAUGCCUUGACCUCCCUGCCACUGUAGACUGGAGGCCGGAACUAUGAGCGAGAAUAAAACCUUCUUCCUUUA